GGCAGAGACUUGCGCCGGGUAGGCUUCCCGGGGCUGCUCCCUCCUCCGGAUCUGCGUGUUGCCCCCCGCCCCGGGCUCGGGCGUCGGCUCCCGGCCGCCUCUCCACUCCCACCACUCCUUGGCCCUCCUCCUCCCUCCUUCCCUCUCCCUCCUCCUUUUCCCCUCCUGCCGAGCCCUGUCCGCGUACCUGGUCGCCUCUCUCGGUCCUCGGGGACUCUAUCUCUAACCGCUGCAGCUCCGCGCCCCUCGCGGGGUUUUUCUCGGUCUCUGCCUCAAUCCCUGACUCUCUGCUUAUCUCUGCCUCUCUCUCUGUCUCUUUCUCGGGCUCGGUUCUGUCUCCGUCCGUCUCUCGCUCGCCCGGCUACCCGUGCCCUCUUUCGCCGGCCGUCUGGUGGCCCGCGGUGGCGGCGGGCCCGGCGCGGGGCGCAAUGAGCGGCGCCUGCACGACCUACGUGAGCGCCGAGCAGGAGGUGGUGCGCGGCUUCAGCUGCCCGCGGCCGGGGGGCGAGGCGGCCGCUGUCUUCUGCUGCGGCUUCCGCGACCACAAGUACUGCUGCGAUGACCCGCACAGCUUCUUCCCCUACGAGCACAGCUACAUGUGGUGGCUCAGUAUUGGCGCUCUUGUGGGCCUGUCCAUAGCAGCCGUGGUCCUCCUGGCCUUCAUUGUCACCGCCUGUGUGCUCUGUUACCUGUUCAUCAGCUCAAAACCCCACACAAAGUUGGACCCAGGCUUAAGCUUACAAACUACAGACCCCGAGGAGGUUCCCCCUGACUGCCAAAGUGGGAAUAUGGGCAUUUCUAUGGAGGUGCCAGGAGUGAGCCCUCUCGGGCAGACUCACCCUUUCCUGAACCGAUGGCUGGACUGCAAUGAAGAGCAGGCUGUGGACCCCAAACACCUCCUCCAGCACUGCUUCAUGGCUGCAGUGACUGCCAGUGACAUUCCAGGCAGCCCUGAGGAGGCUUCUGUCCCCAGUCUAGACCCAGCCCCAUGACAUCCAAUAAAGUGUCUCUACACUAUCCUCUUCUGGAGUCUCUUUUUGGUAAAAGGUGGGGGUGGGGAUAACC